UUGAGAAUGCGGAAGUGAUGUGCUCGCUCAGCUGUUUAUUAUCAAACUUUAUUUAACAGUGACUCUGGAGAAGCAGCGGUUUGUAGUUUUUAUAUUUUAUAUCUAUAUUUAUAUUACACACGUCACAUACAGACGGAAAAUACAUAAUUCAAUAUUACGUAGCUAUCCUGGUAGCAGUUAGCAACGUGGACGAGAGAGUUACGACAGUGUGAUGAUGACUAACGUAUUCUCUGUUCUGUUAGUACAUUUAAAAUAAUAAUAUAUCACAACAGGUUUGUUUAAUCACGAGCGUCGUUACUGAUCAAUGGAAACACUGAAAUCACGUUUUGAGGAAAUCAUCUUCCAGGAUUAUUGUCUGAAGGUCACAUGUUUAAAACUCAGUGGUUAACUAAUAUAUAUGUUUGAUGACAUCACCUCAGUGUUAUUCAUAUCCCACUGCAGCCGGAGCAUAUUAAAGGUUAUUCACUGGAAACACAACACGGUGUCUUCAGGACACAACUCUUUUCCAGUAAUCCGUGGUGAUGUCGAAGCCCGGUCUCCUGGUCCUGUACGGGAGCCAGACUGGAACCGCCCAGGACACGGCCCAGAGGGUCCUGCGACAGGCCAAGAGGAGGUGGCUGCAGGUUCGGGUGCUGCCUCUGGACAGCUACAACGUGGCCGACCUGAUCUCAGAGCCUCUGGUGGUGUUUGUGUGUGCCACCAGCGGACAAGGAGAAGCUCCAGACAACAUGAAGAACUUCUGGAGGUUCCUCUUUAAGAAGUCUUUACCCGUUGGAUCUCUCAGUCGGCUGGACUGUGCCGUGCUGGGCCUCGGGGACUCGUCCUAUCCAAAGUUCAACUUCGUGGCCAAGAAGCUUCAGAAGCGUCUGGUGCAGCUCGGGGCCCGCGUGCUGCUUCCUGUCGGGCUGGUCGAUGACCAACACGACCUGGGGCCGGACGCUGUGAUCGACCCGUGGCUCUCCUCCUUCUGGGAGGAGGUGCUGCUCUUGUAUCCGUCGGUGGCGGACGUGGCUCCACUGAGGGAAGAUGAACCACUCCCCCCAACAUACAUGUUCCACUUCCUGGAUGAUGUGAAGGAGGAGGUCGACCACAGGCUGAGGAGCACGGAGCAGACUGUCCCCUCCGCGUCUCAGGCCUUUCCUGCCAGACUGGUGUUCAACAGGAGGGUAUCAGACGUGUCCCACUUCCAGGAAGUGAGGCACAUAGAGUUUGACAUCACUGGAUCCAACAUCCAGUUUGGAGCCGGGGACGUGGUGAGCAUGCGUCCCUGUAACGCACCAGAGGACGGACGACAGCUCUGCCAGCUGCUGGGAUUAGAUCCAGAGGCCCGGUUCACGCUGAGAGCCACGGACAGCACCGCAGUUCCAGCCGGACUUCCUCAGCCUUGCACCGUGCGCCACCUGGUGGAGAGCUACCUGGACAUCGGCGCUGUGCCGCGCCGCUCCUUCUUCGAGCUGCUGUCCACGUUCGCCACCAACGAGCUGGAGCGGGAGAAGCUGGUGGAGUUCAGCUCGGCUGCGGGUCAGGCCGAGCUGCACAGCUACUGCAACCAGCUGCGACGCACCGCCCUGGAGGUUUUGGCGGAUUUCCCAAACACGACAGCCGAACUCAAGGUGGAUUAUCUCCUGGACCUUUUCCCUGAGAUCCAGCCUCGGUCCUUCUCCAUCGCCUCCUCGCUCCAGGUUCAUCCAAACCGGCUUCAGAUCCUCGUAGCUGUUGUUUGCUACAAAACCAAGUUGUUUAAACCACGAAGAGGCCUCUGCUCCAGCUGGUUGUCCUCCCUGGACCCAGAACAAGGGGAGGUGCGUGUUCCUCUGUGGGUGAAGAAGGGAAGUCUGAAGUUCCCUAAAGAGCAGGACACUCCUGUGAUCAUGGUCGGACCCGGAACCGGAGUGGCCCCGUUCAGGGCGGCGUUACAAGAGAGGACCGCUGAGGGAAAGACCGCCAACGUCCUGUUCUUCGGCUGUCGCUCUCAGUCCAAGGACUUUUACUUCAGGUCAGAGUGGGAGGAGAUGACGGAGGCCGGACAUCUGACCCUCUUCACGGCCUUCUCACGAGACCAGGAGGAGAAGGUGUACGUGCAGCACCGGGUGACGGAGAACUCUGCGCUGCUCUGGGAUCUGAUCGUUAAUCAACGUGGCUGCUUCUACAUCGCUGGGAAUGCUAAACAGAUGCCAGCCAGCGUGAGCGACGCGUUGAGAGGUGUGUUCCAGCAGGAGGGGGGCGUGUCCUCAGAGGAGGCCGAGCAAAUGCUGGUGGCCAUGGAGCGGGGGGGGCGACUCCAGAGCGAGACGUGGUCCUGAGUGACACGUGUCGCCUGUGACCCCGAAUCAAAGGCCGUUGGUUCACGAGCUGGUUUGAACAGAAAGUUCAUCACAUGGUUCCAGCUUCUUCUGAGCUCAGAACCACCGAGCUGCUGCUGGAACAUCAUGAGACUGACUGAGAUGCUUCUGAAGAUACAGAGAAGAGCAGGGGUAUGAAACCUGAAGCUGAGAUCUUAGAGUAAAUUAUGAAAAAGUCAUUUUUUUUACUUUAUUCAAUCAAAUAUUUUUUGGGGGGGAAUGGCUCCAUUUGAACUUUUACACUUGUUUUAUUUGACUGUUUCAAAACGUUAUCUUCAUUAAAUCUUAAAACCCGAAUCCUCUGAUUCAUUUCCCUGUGACAUUUAAAAACAUGAGAUGAAUAACUUUUUGGCACAAGAUGAAAACUUGAUGAUGCAGCUCAAUCAACGUCACAUCAGCUCCAGGAGAAAAACACACGACCUGUGGUGAGUCAACAGUCACAACAAAAAUCUGCCAAUGUAUUAAUACAGUUUUAUUAAUAAAGAGGACGUCAGGUAUUAAAAGAUUCAGGUUAGAAACGUGUCAUGUCUCCA